UGCGCGCGAUGCUGCCCCGCCCCCUGAGGGCCGGCCCCCUGAAGCGCCAGAGAAGGAGGGGCGCGCAGGGAUCGCGCCUAGUCUCUCCGCCUGCGAGGCCGUGGGGUCCCGGCAGCCCGCAGGAGUGCUAAGUAAGGGUCCUUCAGGGCGGGAACCAGAUUCGAGGCAGGGACGCAGGCUACGUUCGAAUAAAAGUACCGAAGGUCAUAAGGCCCCAGUUCAGAUGGGACUUCCCCGCGUGACAGCACAGAGAUAACGGCCAGCCCUGGGCGAAGGUUACCACCAAAGAAUAUGAUUUUGGUCUAGGGGCUCCAGUUUCUGAAGCUGAAAACUACCAGAAUACUCUCCAGCUAGAACAAGAAGUGAGAAACCAAGAUAGAUUCAUCUCGACACUGAAAUUACAGUCAGGUGCAUCUUCUAGGAUCAAGAAAAUAUGUAAACAAAAAGUUCCGUGAGGGCAGAGGCAUUUGGAUACCUUUGUGAUAGAAAAGGCCCUUUUCUUCAUCCAUUGAUGGUUUGAUAGUGGGCUGGGAAGGAAAGCUGUGUUCCUCCACAUUAGGCAGCAAAUACUUGAUUGAUUUGAUAUUUAGCUUAGUCAAAUUGAAGAUCUCAAACAGACAAAUCAUGGCUUGGAAGAAUAUGUUAGGAAACUCUUGGAUAGUAAGGAGGUGGUAAGCAGUCAAGUAGAUGAUUUAACCAGCCACAAUGAGCAUCUUUGUAAAGAAUUGAUUAAAAUUGACCAACUAGCAGAGCAACUCGAAAAAGAGAAAAAUUUUGUGGUGGAUUCCGCCAACAAGGAACUUGAAGAAGCCAAGAUUGAACUCAUUUGCCAGCAAAAUAAUAUUAUAGUAUUGGAAGAUACAAUAAAAAGGCUUAAAUCUAUAAUUUUAGAUACUGAAAAAGCACAAAAUAAAUCUCCUUCUAGACUUGAUUCCUUUGUCAAGACUUUGGAAGCAGACAAAGAUCACUAUAAGAGUGAAGCUCAACAUUUGAGAAAGAUGAUGAGAAGUAGGUCUAAAAGUCCGAGACGCCCAUCACCAACUGCCCGGGGUGCAAACUGUGAUGUAGAACUUUUGAAGACAACAACAAGAGAUCGUGAAGAACUUAAAUGCAUGCUGGAAAAAUAUGAGCGCCAUUUGGCGGAAAUUCAGGGUAAUGUCAAGGUUCUUAAAUCUGAGAGAGACAAGAUCUUCCUUCUUUAUCAACAGGCACAGGAAGAAAUUGCCCGACUUCGACGAGAAAUGAUGAAAAGCUGUAAGAGUCCUAAAUCAACAACGGCACAUGCUAUUCUCCGGCGAGUGGAGACUGAAAGAGAUGUAGCCUUCACUGAUUUACGAAGAAUGACCACAGAACGAGAUAGUCUAAGGGAGAGGCUAAAGAUUGCUCAAGAGACAGCAUUUAAUGAGAAGGCUCACCUGGAACAAAGGAUAGAGGAGCUGGAGUGUACAGUUCAUAAUGUAAAAAAAAAAAAAAGAAAAGUCUCUUUUGGCUAUAAACACUCAAUGGCUUUCCCCUUUCUCCUUUUUCUGUAUUCAGAGAAGUUAUUUUAUUUUUCUAAGCUGGAUGAUGAACGUAUGGAGCAAAUGUCAAAUAUGACUUUGAUGAAGGAAACCAUAAGCACUGUGGAAAAAGAAAUGAAAUCACUAGCAAGAAAGGCAAUGGAUACCGAAAGUGAACUUGGCAGACAAAAAGCAGAGAAUAAUUCUUUGAGACUUUUGUAUGAAAACACAGAAAAAGAUCUUUCUGAUACUCAGCGACACCUUGCUAAGAAAAAAUAUGAGCUACAGCUUACUCAGGAGAAAAUUAUGUGCUUGGAUGAAAAAAUUGAUAACUUUACAAGGCAAAAUAUUGCACAGCGAGAAGAAAUCAGCAUUCUUGGUGGAACCCUCAAUGAUCUGGCUAAAGAAAAGGAAUGCCUGCAAGCAUGUUUGGAUAAAAAAUCUCAGAAUAUUGCAUCCCUUGGAGAGAGUUUGGCAAUGAAAGAAAAGACCAUUUCAGGCAUGAAGAAUAUCAUUGCUGAGAUGGAACAGGCAUCAAGACAGUGUACUGAGGCCCUAAUUGUGUGUGAACAAGACGUUUCCAGAAUGCGUCGGCAAUUGGAUGAGACAAAUGAUGAGCUGGCCCAGAUCGCCAGGGAAAGAGAUAUCUUGGCUCAUGACAAUGACAAUCUCCAGGAACAGUUUGCUAAAGCUAAACAAGAAAACCAGGCACUGUCCAAAAAAUUGAAUGACACUCAUAAUGAACUUAAUGACAUAAAACAGAAGGUUCAAGAUACUAAUUUGGAGGUUAACAAGCUGAAGAAUGUAUUAAAGUCUGAAGAAUCUGAGAACCGGCAAAUGAUGGAACAACUUCGAAAAGCCAGUGAAGAUGCUGAAAACUGGGAAAAUAAAGCCCGUCAAUCAGAGGCAGAUAACAAUACCCUCAAACUGGAACUUAUCACUGCUGAGGCAGAGGGUAACAGAUUAAAAGAAAAAGUAGAUUCCCUCAACAGAGAGGUUGAGCAACACUUAAAUGCAGAAAGGUCUUACAAGUCCCAGAUUUCUACCUUACAUAAAUCUGUUGUAAAAAUGGAAGAGGAGCUUCAGAAGGUUCAGUUUGAAAAAGUGUCCGCUCUUGCAGAUUUGUCUUCUACUAGGGAACUCUGUAUUAAACUUGACUCAAGCAAAGAACUUCUUAAUCGACAGCUGGUUGCUAAAGAUCAAGAAAUAGAAAUGAGGGAGAAUGAGUUAGAUUCUGCUCGUUCUGAAAUUGAACUCCUGAGGAGUCAGAUGGCAAAUGAGAGAAUCUCCAUGCAGAAUCUAGAAGCUUUGCUGGUGGCCAAUCGAGACAAAGAAUAUCAGUCUCAGAUAGCACUUCAAGAAAAAGAAUCUGAAAUUCAGCUUCUUAAAGAACACCUUUGUUUGGCAGAAAAUAAAAUGGCCAUCCAGAGUAGAGAUGUGGCCCAGUUCAGAAAUGUUGUCACACAAUUGGAAGCUGAUUUAGACAUUACCAAAAGACAACUAGGAACAGAGCGCUUUGAAAGGGAGAGGGCCGUACAAGAACUUCGCCGCCAAAAUUAUUCAAGUAAUGCUUAUCAUAUGAGUUCUACAAUGAAGCCAAAUACAAAAUGUCAUUCACCAGAACGUGCUCACCAUCGAUCUCCUGACCGAGGCCUAGAUCGAUCAUUGGAAGAGAAUCUUUGCUACAGAGAUUUCUGACACCUGAAAUGAUUCUUCACAUCCCUGAGAAAGGUCAAAGUUACAAACUGAUUUUUUUUUUUUUUUUGCUACAUGAGUGCAUUUAUCUUUUAAAUGCUUGGCAAUGUUAAAUGUAUUUAUUAACUUUGUGUCUCUGAAUCUCUGUUCUAAUGUGCCAUGUUGCAGUGAUCUGAGAUGACUUAUAAAAACAAAAAUGUAUAUGGCUCUUUCUAUCCAUGCAGUGAUAGUGAGUGUAAAAUCUGCUUACUUCACUAUUGAACACUAUUAUGUUCACUAUCUGGAGUAAAUAAAGAAGCUUAUUAAAACAGGGAAAAGUGUUUUUACAAAACUGCUUUCCUUUCCUUUCUUAGUAUCUCAAAUAAUUGGUUGGUUAAUUUUUUUUCUUUGUGAUUUGUGUUUUCAUGGCUGGAAAAUCUGUGCCAAAAUGGGUACAACUUACUGAUACUGGUCUGGGAUCUGAUAUUCCAUUUUGGAACCAACCUUACAUAAAUUCCAUGCCAUAAUCUGAUAUUGAAGCAGCAGAAAGUAGGAGUGUUGUCAGGGUUUUAAAACCUAUAGUAUUGUACCACUCAAAGACUAAGUAACAUACAUAUUCUACAACUGUGUUUACUACUACUGCUUUUAGAAAGGUAGGUGAUGAUAUAUCUGUCAAGAAUGUAAGAUUUUAUUAAAAAUCUUUAUUUUUAAUAAGUUUUCUUUCAAGUACUGCAAUCAACUUAAUUGCCAUUUUAUUUUAUUGUCUGUGGCAGCUGUCUGUAAUCUGGAGUAACAAGAUAAGUGAUGUUUCCUUCCUCCCCCAAUUUCCUAAAUCUCUUACCUUAUCUAUCCAUAGGCUUUGAUGUAAUGUUCAUAUUAGAGCCUGAAUGCUACUGUAUUUUACUGAUAUAAACUAUUUGUAUUCUUGCCAUUUUAAUAAAAAAAGGCUUGUCAUUAAUAGUA